AUGUCGACUCCUCCGGGUGCCCGUCGCCGGCCUCAGGGCACCAAAGACAGACGAAGUAACAACACCCCGUCUUCAGAUGCUAUUCCCGAUGAGCCUGAGGACCAAACAUCCCGCAUUAUAUCGCCUCUCGACAUCGUCCGAAUAGUCAUAACUCUCAUUGGGGUGUCCUGCGCCCUGUCAUACUACACCACCUCUGGCGCAUCACUGUACUGGAACUUCGACCCAUGGUUCACAGAUCCCGCAAAAUUAGCUCACUGGUGGCAAGGGCCUUUGCAGUUGACACCAACCCAGCUGACUACAUUUGAUGGGUCCGAUCCAAACAAGCCGAUCUACCUGGCUAUCAAUGGAAAGAUCUUUGAUGUCUCUGCGGGGAGGCAUACCUAUGGCCCCGGCGGCAGCUACCAUGUCUUUGCUGGACGAGACGCCACGAGAGCCUUUGUCACUGGUUGCUUCCUUGAAGACCGUACUGGUGAUAUGAGGGGAGCCGAGGAGAUCUACAUCCCAGUUGACGACCCCGAUGAGGACAUCACAAGUGCACAGAAGAAAAUAAGAGCCGAGCGGGACCGCAGGAAAGCCAAAGAAAAAGUGCAGCAGGAAGUCCAGAAAUGGGAGAGUUUCUACAAAACCAGCAAGAAAUAUUUCCAGGUCGGUGAGUUGGUUGGUGUACCAGAGUACACAGGCGAACCCCCGAAGUUGUGUGAGCCCGCGCAGAAAGGGCGGCCGAAGAGGAAGAACCAGAAACAACACGAGUCUCCCAGUGCUGCACCUGGAAAACCUGUGCAUUAG